CCUCCUGGUGUUGUUCGUUUGGCUCUCUGGAGGAAUGUUGUGGAAGGUCUUGUUGCUGCUCGGCCUGUCGUCUGCGUGGGCUCAGAAGCUCUGCUCGCCAGGGGCCUCAGAUGGCUACAAGGUCCGACUCAGCAUCAACUCUGCUCUGGGAGAUCAAGCUUAUGUUUGGAAUGAAAACGAGAUGUUCCUCUUCCGAGCCACUCUGGCCUUCGCCAUGAGGACGUACUCCGACGGCCAAGAAUACGACGUGGCCAACGUGGUCGUGUGCGACGAGACGCCCAGAGUGUCCUUCUGGUUCGUGGUGACGUCGCCGCUCGACGCCUCGCUCCUCGUGGACAAGCGGCGCGUGGAGGAGGCGGUGAGGAAGUCCAGGAGCCGCAUCAACAGCGCCUUCCUGCUGACCGAUGACACCCUGGAGUUCAUCGGCAUCCCGCCCACCCUGGAGGCCCCGGUGGCCCCGGACACGCCCCCGUGGCUCAUCGCCUUCGGGGUGGUGAUGGGCGGCGUGGGCGCCGGCAUCGUGGUGCUGCUCGUGUCCUCCGUGGUGCAGAAGAUCCGAAAGAAGCGUGACGGCGAGGAGGAGACGGGCGGAAAGACGGAAAACGAAGCCGCGAGUGACGCCAUUUACAACAUGUCGUUCUCAGAUGAUGAGCCAGUGACGCAGAUGUAG